AUGCUGCCCCAAGUUCACCAGAAGUUUCUGGAGCAUCUGCGGCAGUCCAGCGAUGGUAAACCGCAGGUGUCAGUCCCCACAAAAGAGGCCUUGCCACCGGAGCUGUUGACAUGGAGACGAAGUUUGGAUUCCUUUCUGCCGGUGCUUGGUGCUCUUUCGCGUUCAAUGCUGGUUCGGAACAGCUGUGCGAUUGGGCUUGGGUCUCUUCUUCUUACAGCAGGUGGGCUCACAGCAGCCCGCUGGCCAUCAUUUAUCGGCCUGGUCCUUUUGAUGGCAGGCUGUAGGGGCCUACCCGGCGGCACUCCGUUUCUUGAGGUGGAAACGGAGGCCGGCUUCUACGCCGAUCUGGAAGGAAGACUUGCAGCACGCAAUCAGAAAAUCUGUCAAUCAAUGCAAAAUUGGAUGAACAGUUUUGUUCCAUGCCCUUGGCAACGUUCCGGAGAGCUGUGCACCAUCGCGCCUUACAUGAUAAAUCGCAAGAGGUUCGGGGAGUUGAAGUACGAGCGGAUCUGGCUAUCUGCAGACGACGGAGAAAGCUUCGCCAGCGAUUUCGUUUUCCCUCCUGGAGGCUUUGACCCAAGUCGCCCUGUCGUUGUGCUCCUGACUGGGCUCGCACCCUCGAAACACUGGACUGAAGCAGCUGGUUUCAUCGCCGAUGCAGCAGGACAUUUAUCCCGCUGUGCGAACAUGACCGUGGUGAUUAAGGUCGCAAGAGGAACUAUGGAUACCCAGGUCAACGCUAACCUUUUUCACGGGGCUCGUGUCACGGACCUCCGAAAACUCCUAGAACAUCUGGACAAAUGCCUCAAGGCAGUUUCGGCGCCAGGCAUCCCGAAAGCGGCAGUAUUCGCAUCUGGCUACUCUAUGGGUGCCAUCAUCCUUGCAAACUACUGUGGCCACUAUGGCCCGGAUCCGCUCCUGGAGGGCGCUAUCAGCUUUUCGGGCUUGAACGAUGCCGUGAAGAACAUGAGUUUUGAGUACUCCGCGGAUACCUGGCAAGCUGCGCUUGCGUACAGUCUGAAGCAAACUAUUGUUGAAGGACACAUAGAGGAGGCCAAGCGGCGAGGGGUCGACAUAGGCAAGGUCCUCUCAAGCAAAGUUGCCAGUGUGGUAGACGUGGACAAGGACUUCGUUUCGAUAUACAAUGGUUACGACGGAGUCUUGGACUACUAUCGGGAUCUCAGUGUUGCAUUUGACGACAAGUGGCGGAAGGUAAGUAUCCCUCUCCUCUCCGUGGCUGCUCGCGAUGAUCCGAUCACGCACUGCGACAGCCUUCGGGCCAAGGAAUUUUUCGCCGAGAACGAGAACCUUCUGUUCCUAAUCACAGAAAAAGGAGGUCAUGUGGGUUGGCCGUGGGGCCUGCAACCUUGGAAGAAAGGGUGGGAUUUCAUGAACGAGGCCAUCCAAGUCUUCGCCGAAGCCGUGCUGUCCUGCCGGCCUCAAGAUUAG